AUGGUUGAUAUACGAAAACGAACAGCUGAGCUUCAUAAGCGUUGGGGAGUGUCCGGCAAGCACAAAGCAAUUAGCUUCCUGCAAAUACCUGUCUUCAUUGCGCUCAUGGAGAGUCUACGCGGGAUGACCGGCAACAAUAAGGGCAUCAUUGCCUGGCUGUCAUCGUUCAUCGAGUCGUCGCAAGACCCUGCCUCCGCAGCCAAAUCUCUGCAUUUAACCAUUGAGCCCACUCUUGCGAACGAGGGCGCUCUCUGGUUCCCGGAUUUGCUGGCCGGCGACCCAACAGGCGUGCUGCCAGUUUUUCUGACUGCCUCAAUCCUGGGGAACGUUCUGAUGGGAUGGAAAGUCCGACCUUGGAACGAGCUCCCACUCCUUUCAAAGACCGAGAUGUACAAGCAGAUCUCUUUUACCGGUUUGCGGGCCUUUGUCAUAGUUUUAACAUGCUAUAUUGGCUUCGCAAGCUUUGUUCAGGAGAUGCCAACUGCGAUUAUGCUAUACUGGAUUACUAGUACCAAUCUUGCUACGCUGCAGACUUGGAUACUGGACAAGAAGGUGUUUUCGCCGGUAACGUUCAACCGCUUCAAUGAGAGAUUCAUCGCUUUCGAGAAGCCGGGUGAUAAUGACCCUUUCCAAUUGAAAAACUUGCGCUGA